AUGCCUUCCUUGCCGUUCAAUCUCACACGCAGGAAACACGAGAAACCCAAACCAUAUAUCCGCAUCCGCUCCCGCUCCGGGAUCAGUACGCUCGACGACCUCCCCAACAUAUUGGGUUCCUCACGAGCAAGAUCAGCGCCGAGGCGUUCAGCAUCUGAUUCCAGCCCUUCCUCGUCCAUCGACGACCAGAAACCAAGCACUGCAGGGAGCAUUGCAAUAAUAACCAGCGUCUCCGACAUGGUCCUAGAGCCACACCACUACGCCGCGCUCCUGCUCCAAGCGUCCGGCGAACGCGAUCGGCGGGAAGCUUCCGGUUCGGGCGCCUCGACUCCGCUGCAGGUCCCGCCGUCAACACCACUGCACAACACUCCGCCUAGAGACCCCGCUGAGCGAUUGGAUCGCAGAGAGAUUAACGACGUCCUGGUCGAGGGUAUCACAUACGAUGCAAUUUUGGCGUCGAACUUGAAUCGGAGCCUUGGGCUAGAUGGAGGAGGUGAAGAGGUUCCUCCGGAGACGAGGGCACCCCCGAAUACCCCAGCGUACUUUGCUAUCCAGGAGGGUAGGUUCAGCUCGUUGAUGAGUGUGAGUCUGGCGAUUAUGGAGGGUAGGGUUGUCUAG